AUGGCGCCCUACACCAUCCAGCGACCUCCCACCGCACCUCUCGGUUCCCUCCCACGCAGCGAUAUUCAGCUUGCGGCAGAUGCGUGGAAAUACAUCAAACGACAGGUCCAGCAACUUCGUCAACCACGAGUUUCGGAGAAUGAAGCAGAUUUAAAGUGUUAUAAGACAGAGUCGGCGGAGUCAGCUAUCAGCAAAGCAGGAACGCUAGUUGGUAGCGAGGGGUUCACGAAGGAGAAGAUGGGAAAGAAAUGA